GUGUUUGAGAAAGGGCUGAAGAGCAGCAAAUAUGGUCUCUAUUCAGACAAGCAGAGCAUUCAUCUCAGGUACUCCACUGAGGAUUGUUCCUUUGAAGAGGAGAUUCGUCCCGAUGGCUACAAUGUAUACAAAUCAAAAAAAUACGGAAUAUCGGUGUCUUUGAGUAGUGCCAAGCAAAGACAACAGUUCAAAGGAAAAGAUUUUCUUCCACUAUCUCACUUCUUACCUAUGAUCAACACUGUGCCCGUGGAGUCAACAGACUUUGGUGAAUACGGUGAUUACAGCCAGGCGUUUGAACCGGAGGUGUACUCCUCGCCUCUCGAAACGGACAGCAUGGACCCCUUUGGCAUCACCUCCAAACUGUCGCCAGUGAAGAGCCCCAGCUUUCAGAAAUGA